AUGCCAGAGGAAGAGAGCCUGUUCAGGUCGGCGACCAUGUCGCUGAUCCAGCUCUACAUUCCUUCCGAGACUGCCCACGCCACCGUGCAGGAACUAGGAGAGCUUGGGAAUGUCAUGUUCAAGGACCUCAACCCCGAUGUCUCCCCAUUCCAGCGCUCAUUCGUCACCGACAUCAGGCGGCUUGACGAGAUGGAGAGACGUAUUCGUUUUCUCUAUGCUCAGAUGGAGAAGGAGAGCGUGCCCGUUCGACCUCUCGAGAGCGCCCUCCCCUUCAUCAGCCUUGGCUCUGGUCCCGACGGUCGUCGCGGCCAUCAACUCAUGGACGAGCUUUCCGUCAAGCUGCGCGAGCACGAGGAGCGUCUUGGUCAGAUGAACGGUUCCUACGAGACGCUGCAGAAGCGCUUGCAGGAGCUUGAAGAGGCCAAGCACGUCCUUCGUGAGACCGCUGUCUUCUUCGACCAGGCAGAAGGCCGCCAGGAUGCCAACCGCGCCUCCCUCGAUGAUGACAACGCCCCCCUCCUAGACGACGUCGAGUCGCAUGCGUUCAACACCUCCCGCGGAGAAGAAAGUGGCUACGGCACCUUCGACCUUGAGUUUGUCGCAGGAACCAUCGACCGCAGCAAGAUGGCUAUCUUCGAACGCAUCCUCUGGCGUGUGCUGCGCGGUAACCUCUACAUGAACUACGCCGAGAUCGACGAAGCCUUCGAUGACCCAACCAAAGAGGAGCCUGUUCGCAAGAACGUCUUCAUCAUCUUUGCUCACGGUGCCGAACUUCUUGCAAAGAUCCGAAAGAUCAGCGAGAGCAUGGGCGGCACUCUCUACCCCAUCGAUAGCAACGCGGAUCGUCGCGAGGAGAGCCUUCGCGAGGUGCUCAGCCGCAUUGAGGAUCUCAACAAUGUCCUCUACUCCACUAGCGCCACUCGCCGCACCGAGCUCGUCAAGAUUGCUGAGGUUCUGAGUGGCUGGGAGGACGUCGUGCGCAAGGAGAAGCUUAUCUACUCCACGCUCAACAUGUUCCUCUUCGACAACCGUCGCAAGACGCUCGUUGCCGAAGGUUGGUGUCCCUCCAGCGAUCUUGGUCAGAUCCAGCUCGCUCUUCGCCGUGCCAACGAGAACGCCGGCACCAGCGCCCCCGCCGUUCUCCAAGAGCUUCGAACCAACAAGAUGCCUCCCACCUUCCAGCGUUCAAACAAGUACACGGAGGCAAUCCAGUCGGUCGGCGACAGCUAUGGUAUCGCCAAGUACAAGGAGGUAAAUCCAGGUCUCUUCAAUCUGAUCCUGCUUCCCUUCCUCUUCGCUGUCAUGUUCGGCGAUGUUUUCCACGCCUUCCUCAUGACGCUUGCAGCGCUUACCAUGUGCGUCUUUGAACGCCAGCUCGCCAAGCUCGACAACGAGAUCUUCACCAUGUUCUUCUACGGUCGUUACAUGAUGCUGCUCAUGGGUGUCUUUUCCAUGUUCACCGGUUUCCUCUACAACGACAUCGGUAGCAAGAGUAUGCACCUCUUCCACACCGGCUGGGACUGGCCCCACAAGAACGGCACCAUCGAGGCCGUUCCGAACGGCAAUGUCUACGCCAUCGGUAUCGACCCGACGUGGCACGGCGCCGACAACGCACUCGUGUUUACCAACUCGCUCAAGAUGAAGAUGUCGGUCAUCCUCGGUGUCUUCCACAUGACGCUCGCCAUCCUUCUCAACGUGCCCAACUUCAUCCGCUUUGGUCAGAAGUGGAAGAUUUGGUCCGAGAUCGUGCCGCAGAUGCUCUUCAUGCAGUCGCUCUUCGGGUACCUCGUUUUUGCCAUCGUCUACAAGUGGUCCAUUGAUUGGUACGAGACCGACGCCAACGGCACCGUCUUCCGCAACAACCCGCCUGGGUUGCUCAACAUGCUCAUCUACAUGUUCUUGAAGCCUGGUUCCGUCGAUCCAAAGACCGAACUCUACUCGGGCCAAGCCUUUGUGCAGACGGUGUUGCUGCUCAUCGCCUUCAUCUGUGUCCCCUGGAUGCUCGUCGUUACGCCCUACAUAGAGUGGAAGGAGCACCAGAAGACCAAGGGCCAAGGCUAUCGCGCCGUCGGCCACGGCGAUGGGUCGCGAGGUCUUGGUCUCGACGGCGACGAUGAUGACGAAGAUGCUGACGAGAACGACCGUCUCGCUCAGAGCCAGAGGAAUGGCAACGGAAGCGGUGGCCACGGCGACGGUGAGAUGGAGGAGGAGCACGAAUUCAACAUUGGCGAGGUCGUCAUACACCAAGUCAUUCACACGAUCGAGUUCUGCCUAGGAUGCAUCUCCAACACGGCGUCCUACCUGCGUCUCUGGGCUCUGUCGCUUGCCCAUGCACAGCUCUCCGAGGUGCUUUGGACCAUGACGAUCCAGAAUGUUUUCGGCAUGACCGGUGUCACCGGCGCCAUUGCUACGGUGCUCGCUUUCGGUCUUUGGUUCUGCCUUUCCAUCGCCAUCUUGUGCUGCAUGGAAGGCCUCAGUUCGCUGUUGCACGCUAUUCGUCUUGCCUGGGUCGAGUUUGGAAGCAAAUUCUACCAGGCUGGAGGCUACCAGUUCGAGCCGCUCACGUUCUAG